AUGCUUCGAGUGUUUCUAGAAUUCAUACUACGAACCUAUCGGAAUGCUAAAAUCAAGAAAUUGGUGGAAGAUUUGGAGAGUUUGGAAAGCUCUGCAAGCGAAUAUAGGAAAGGAGAUUUGAUGACAAUUCGGAAAACAUUUGACAAGGCGGUCGGAGUUGAUGGACUUCCAGAUGUUUAUCCGUAUAUUUAUGAUAUUCUGUUAAAGAAAAAAACACAGAAUACGACGACGUUCUGGAGAAUUCAAAGAAACUCAUGGAUCUGGAUCUGGAUUUUUCAAAUCAUAAGGGAGAAUUGA